AGUUUCGUCACUGCCACCGUGAAAAACCUUUUUUUUGUUGUUGUGCGAUCCUCUUUCCGAGAGUCCCGCAUCCGGUUUGACGCGAAAAGCAUUCUUGCUCGAGCAACGCAUUUGUCUGACUGCAGACAAAGGCACCCCUCGUCCGACGACUCCACUCGCUGCUUUCCCGUUCGCUUCUUUCGGGCUUCCACUACGUACUCAGACCGACGCCAGUUUCACUCUGGCAGGCUUCAUUCCAGGCUAUCGCUCUUCGUUUCAGAACUCUGGAAAGCCUCCUCUUCCGCCUUCCGCCAACAGGAAGACUCUUGGGACUGGACCUCGCUCUUGCCGGACCGACACUGUCAAGUUGAAGCCGCUCAAGGAACUCUCGCCGCCAGCGGCAUCUGCGAUGGCAACCCUGUACACUCGCACGACACCGGACCUCGAUAGCGAGGCGAGAUUCAGCCCUCGAUGUAACAAAGGAGUUUAUGCGGGCGACGGGCGGUCGAGCUCAAAUGAAGUUCGUAGCAAUGUAGACUACUUCUCAGUUCCAACAACGGGAAGACCGACUGCAUCCCCACUUCAGGCGUUCUCCACGACUCUCCCCUUCCUCACCCCAGCUGGCGCCGUGCCAGAAUCACCGUAUAACAACUUUUUCCAUCCGUCCCUCGUUGCACAAACGCCAUCACAGCAAACUCCCGGGCAGAAACCGUACUCUUCAGCGGCGGGACCAUACUCUCCAGCGGUGGGACCUUCGCAUGGCGGGCCAAGAGGCGCACCCGGACAACAUAUCGUAAUAAACCGUGCUCCUGGGGGCGCGAGAACUCCGGGUGCGCUGGACACGCCGGGACUCCCUCGCCAUGACACGUUCAAUCUGUCGAUGCCGGGGACUUCAGCAGGGCUAAGGAAGGGCCCUGCAGCCCCAUCCUUGCCUUGCGGACCUGCGUCGUCCGUGCCAAAUGGAGACGCGAGAGAUGGAUCUGUCAACUCGGUAAACGUACAAAAGGCCGCCGGACCCAAAGAUGCGGUCGCCUUUGAACCCAGCCAGUUCGCCAGCCUUCUCCAAUCCCAAACAUCCGCUUCGUCGGCGAAUACACAUACAGUCCUUGGUUUGGACAUGCGUUCGUACCAACACUACUCUGAGUUCCGGAUAUGUUCGUCGGUCAAUCUCUCUGUGCCCACUAUGAUGUUGAAACGACCCGCCUGCACGCCCGUGAAACUCUUUGGGGCACUGACUUCUGACCACGCCAAGAACGUGCUAAAGGAUUGGACAAAGUUCGAGAAUAUCAUUAUUUACGACGACGACUCCCUGAACACAGCUGAAGGAUCGCCUAUCGUCCUUCUGGCACGAAAGCUUCAGCACGCGAACUCGACGGCGAGGAUUGGAUGGUUACAGGGAGGUUUUACCGCAUUCUCCGAACAGUAUCCUGAUCUUUGUGACUCCUCGCCGCCACCCCAAGGUUCCGAGAGCAUAGCACCGAACACAAAUAACAUCACUCGAGGAGCGCCAUUAAAUAUAGGAGGACCGCUUACCGCACCUUCUGCUCUCGGCGCGCUUGGAGCAGCUAGGCCAGCGCUGUUACAACCGACGUACGCUUCCCACCAGAGUGCAUCUGAACUCAACGCGGAUGGGAUGCUUGCGGACACGAUCGAUGUGAACAAUACGCACAUACCGUUGUUCUUGAGAGAUCUUGUACGUCAGGGCAAUGUCAGGAGGCAGAUUGAACAGAACUUUGCCAUCGUCGAGGCUGCUGAGAAGAGGCGACUAGACUGCGCAUUCCGUGCUCAAUCUCGGGACGAUCCAUUCUCUGUGUCCGAUGCAUUGGAGGGCGGCGCGACCCGGAAUCGCUACAACAACAUCUGGCCCUUCAACCACAAUCGGGUCAAGCUUGCUUGCGAUGGACAGUUGACUCCGGAUAUGCGCGAAGACGGAGCGUCAUUGUCACCGUACAAGGCGGCCACAGCUGAACAGCACACCCGUCACAACGACUACAUCAACGCUUCGUUCAUCGUCUCCCCUGCCGGCCAUCGGUUGUACAUAGCUACCCAGGGCCCGAUCGCCAGUACCUUCGAAGAUUUCUGGCGGAUGGCUUGGGAGCAAAAAUCACGCAUUGUGCUCAUGUUGGUGGCAGACGCAGACGUACAACGAGGCAGCCAAACGUGCCACAAGUACUGGCCGGACGAGGGGCAUUCCAUGCUAUACGGUCGGACGCGGGUGACGCAUGAGGGAGAGAUACCCCUUCUUUUCGGUGAAAACCGGACUCCUUCGGCCGGCGGUGGUACUGUCGUGCGCCAGUUCCGGGUGGUGGUGGACGAACGGGAAGACAAAGCGGAAACGAUCUGGCAAGUGCAGUACCUCGGCUGGCCAGACCACGGCGUGCCCAAGCACCCCGAUGAGAUGCUCCGCGUGCACUACCUGGUAUCUACGAUGUGCCAGCGGCUCGAUAUCAAGUUUGGGAGGGAGGAAGUGGGGCCUGUCAUUGUGCAUUGCUCGGCUGGCUGCGGUCGCACAGGCGCGUUCAUCUGCGUCGAUGCAGUCUUGAAGGCGAUCAGCACGAAUCAUCCGAUGCACGCCGAUGCUGACAACACCCCGGUGCAAGAUCAAGCACCAAGUGCUGUUACUAGCUUGCCAUCCGGAGGUCACGAAAAGUCGUCGUCAACACCCUCAGAUACAUGGUCGACCGUACGCCCUGUUCUCACGCCCACCACAUUCGCCCCCGAAACCUCACCGCACGACAUGAUCCUGGCCACUGUCCACCACCUACGUUCGCAGCGCGUGUUGAUGGUACAAUCAUUAUCGCAGUACGGAUUCUGCUACGAGAUCGUGGCACGCUAUUGCGAUGUCAUGGAACGAAACGCGUACGAUUCGGUGGUGCAGCCAACUGUCGUCGAAGGGGCUCUGGAACAUAUGCACCUAGGAGAGAAGCAAGUCGACGGCGUGGGUAUAUAACUAUGAAAUCAAGGACUUCUCUCCUGGUCCUUGUCUCCCCGCUUCAUUCAACCUCGCGCACAUAUCAGAUACCACCCCGUCCCCUAUCCACACGAACUGCGGGUCGCUCAAAAACAAGAACGAGUUGGACAUACAUUUUGCGUUUUGUUUAGAUCGAA